CUCUGUAUUUAUAUAUCUAAUAAGUAAUAUCCCCCGUCUCUCUGUUGGGUAUUGGGGUUUUGCUAUCUUCUUAUCUCCUUCCUCUCUGAAACCCUCGAGCAAUCGCUGUGCUUAUUGCAUACCAGUAUCCGAUUCAAUCGAGGGUUUUUCUCUUUUUUUUUUUUUCUUUCGGUUUUUUAACUUCUGGGGUUUUCUGGGUUUUUGCUUUUCUGCUCGACGAUGGCGUUGGCGUCGGCUUUUCUGGAAAUUCUUAGACGACCCACGAUUGUGGAGGUGCUCGGUGAGUUGAUGAUGUUCAUAACCCCUCUCUGGAUUGCCGUGGUUGUUGGGGUUUUUGUUGGGUGGGCGUGGAAGCCCAAAUGGGCGAACUUGGUUGGCCGAGAGCUGUUGGAUUGCCCAAUCACAAAACAAAAAGAAUCCUCCUCUUCCUCGUCGUCCUCGCAGAGUUCGUCCACGUGUAUCGGUUUGAUUCCGGGACUGAGCUCGUUGAAGUUUCAGCUGCCCAGUUGCAUUCCAUGGCCUGCCGACGAUAGGAAUCCGAAAGAGGCGCCUGAUUUCAGCUCCUCAAAGAUUGAAAGAGAAAGUUCCGGUCAUGUGAACAAUGAUGAUUUACGGCACAUAUGCCAGCUUGUUGAGGAGAAAGAUGGAGGGCCUACUUGGAUUCAUAUGAUGGAUCGGUCUACCUCAACUAUGCGCUAUCAAGCUUGGCGAAGAGACCCCGAGACUGGACCUCCGCAAUACCGCAGUAGUACUAUAUAUGAGGACUGUACACCUGAGUUACUGAGGGAUUUCUUUUGGGAUGAUGAGUUUCGAGUGAAGUGGGAUGACAUGCUUGUACAUGCAUCUACUUUGGAAGAAUGUCCAACCACCGGAACCAUGUUGGUGCACUGGGUGCGCAAGUUCCCAUUUUUUUGUAGCGACAGAGAAUACUUGAUAGGUCGUCGCAUUUGGGAAUCAGGACGGACAUACUACUGCGUAACGAAGGGCGUACCCUCCUCUGCUGUACCAAGGCGUGACAAACCUAGACGUGUUGACUUGUACUAUUCAAGUUGGUGCAUUCGAGCAGUUGAAUCAAAGAGAGGGGAUGGCCAGCUUACUGCAUGUGAAAUUUUACUCUAUCAUCACGAAGAUAUGGGUAUCCCUUGGGAACUUGCAAAACUUGGAGUCCGGCAAGGUAUGUGGGGAGCUGUUAAAAAGAUCGAACCUGGCUUGCGUGCGUAUCAGAAGGAGAGAGCCUCUGAAGCCCCACUUUCACGGUGUGCUUACAUGGCUCAGAUCAACACCAAAGUCAGUGCAGACUACUUGAGAUCUAUUGAAAACAGCACGGGCGAUUCCAUGGUGGUUGAAAAGUCAGAAAAGUUGGAUUCAUCGGACAAACCAGAAGGGAAGAGCAUACCUAAGCUUCUAGUUGUCGGUGGGGCUAUUGCCCUUGCCUGUAGUCUUGACCGAGGGCUCUUAACAAAGGCAGUCAUAUUCGGAGUAGCCCGAAGAUUUGCAAAAAUCGGUAGGAGGUUCUGAUCGUCAAGUGAAGUGAGGAGCUGCGAAACGGUGGAUCUCCACGCUUUGCCCCAUUUCAAGAGGAUUCCAUUCGAGGUCUUAUUCUUUGUCCUUUUUGUUUGAGCCGUGAAUACAACUUAAUUGUAGAGGCCCAGCCAGAGAGAGAAGUAAAAGAAAUGUCUGGUAAGAAAGGAGAGUGAUUGUAUAGCCGUAUUUGUCAAAGUUGGAAAUGUGAUUAAAGGAUAUCUUGUGCUGCAAGAAUAACAGUAACCUUCAGCUUCUUUUGAUGUUGCAUUUUCAUUCUUUCAGUAGUAAUGAUCUUUCUUUGCUUCA